AUGAUAUUCUCAAACCUGUGUUCAAGGUCAGUUACUUCUUUGAGGUUGUCAUCCCCUAUAAGGAUCGGUAGCCGUUUUACACAUGAGUAUGCUCCACGUUUUAAACAGCAGCAAAAAAAGCAUAAAGGCAGAGUUGCUGUUCGUACAGGUGGUUCAGUGAAGGGUAAUUCAUUGGAGUUUGGCAUAUUUGGGCUUCGUUUGAAAUCUGAGGGUGUUAGGUUGACUGCACAACAGCUGAAAGAAGCUGAUAAUGCGAUCAUGAGAUAUGUUAGAAAAAUCAACAAUGGUAAGCUAUGGCGUCGUCUAUGCACCAAUAUUGCUGUUUGUAUAAAGGGUAACGAGACCAGAAUGGGUAAGGGUAAAGGUGGUUUUGAUCAUUGGAUGGUGAGGGUUCCAACUGGGAAGAUGAUCUUUGAGAUUGGUGGUGAUGAUUUACAUGAAAAAGUAGCCCGUGAAGCCUUUAGAAAGGCAGGGACCAAGCUACCGGGGAACUAUGAGUUUGUAACCAGGAAUUCUUUGGUUAGGACAGGUUUACAUAGUUUCAAAGAUCCAAAACAUGAUAAAAGUAUUAACUACUUUGAAGAAUUGAAGAAGUCACCAACCAAAGAAUAUUUGAACGAUCUUAAAUCAAAAGAGCCUGAAUUUAGAUUAUUUAGAGGACGUUGA